GCGGUGACGUAUGCAGCUCUACCUCUGCAGUUGGAUAUGUCAUUUUUUCUCCGGAACUGUGUCGUCUCGAGUGCGGGGAUUCAUUUCACCGUUGCACUUAACUCCGCAUGGCACCUCCUUCCCAUGCUGCUGUUGUCAUAUCUGAGAAUGAAGCUCUUGACUCACAAUAUGCUUACCUCUCACGUUAAGGGAGUCACAAAAGGUUACCCGCUGUUAAUUAAGGCAACAGAGGUAAAGGUUACUGAUGUCGAUUUCAACUCAGAGUUUGUCUCACGCAUGAUUCCCAAAAUUGAGUGGAGUGUUCUUGUUGAGGCAGCAGACACUCUAGGACACUUGAAUGAUCUUCCCAGGGACCUUCCCCCAGACUAUGAAAGCAGUGAGGACUUCCUACGUAAAGUGCAUCAUGUGUUACUAGAGGUGGAAGUUCUGGAAGGAAAUCUAAAGUGUCCAGAGUCGGGGCGCGAAUUUCCAAUUACUAAAGGUGUUCCUAACAUGCUUCUCAAUGAGGAUGAAGUUUAAAGUAGUUCAUAUUCACUAUAUGCCCCCAGCUGACAUACAGACUUUGCUGAACACUGCGGUAGUGAAAUGAAAAUGCCAUAGAGGCGCUGCAAGGCCAGCUUCAAAAUAAAUCUUCAGCUGCUCCUGUUCCUUCUGUGGGUACUAAAUGCACUGAAUGAUUAUGGAAUUUUAAAACCUGCCUCAGCCUGUCAGGCUUCAGACACACUUAUUGAUUUCCUUGUGUGUUUGUUUUGCGUCUUGAUUAUGUAAUGGAGUUACAGAAAAGCUGUGUCAGCAUGCAUUUGCAAACGAGGAUAGAAAAUAGGUGAAAGUUAAUAGCAGGAUGAAAAAGGAUUGGGCCAUUAACUUUCACUUUUUCUCUCUCUAUGUAAUGUAAUGAUGACUUGGCAUGUAUUGGUUUUAUAAUGUUAUUGUGUAGGUUUUUUAUGUGCAGUUUUUUUUUUUAUAUAAAAUGAGACUAUAAACAAAGAAUGGAUUUAAUUGCUAAUAAACCAAGAAUGUGAAAA